AUGACUCUGGUGAUCGGCUUCUGGUUGAUCGUCGUCAUCGUCCCCAUCGCCCUCACGGCCGUGAGGAAGGCUAAGAAUAAACAGCCCAGCAGGCCAUGGGCGUGGAAGGUUACCCUGUUCUUCGGCGUCCUCAUCCCUAUUGUCCUUGAGGGGACCCGAAGUGGCUACAUUCUCUACUUUACCAUCUUCUUCGCGAGCAACCGCAAGGGUGAGGAUGAAUUCAUAAACACUAUCACGUUUGGAAGGAUGCGACGACCGCGCAACUAG